AUGACCUCAACCGAUUAUAAUGAUUCUGCUGCGGCGACGCUGAGGUGGGUCAAGGUACGCGGUAUGCAGGUCUUUUGGCCCGCGUGCGUGUACAAGAGCUAUUCAGCAGCCGUAGCGCAUACACACGAUGUGUGGUCGCUUCGGAAUGAAAAACCCGUGCUGGAUGCAGAAGAUCGCAUCGUCUAUUUCUUUGGUGUGGGGCCGCGGGCCUGCCACGUGGUUGCGACGGGCUCAUCGCCCAAUUUGCAGCUCUGCGUGGCGCAUGAAGACGACCUCUCUUUUGAGACGUGGACAACCGCUGACGAAUUCCCCGUGCUCUGCGCCAAACAUCAGCUACCAGAUGAAACUGUGAAACGCGCGCAAAACAAUCCUUGCUUCAUGCGUGCCUGUGACGAGGCUGCAACAUACGCACACGACGUGCACACAGAUGCACAGGCCGCGGAACUUUUUGUGACAUUACUGACCAUGGCGAAGACGGCACACAAGACUGGCAAGGCCGUUGUGCUGCGAAAGCUCAUUUCUUCGCCUCCAAAAGCCAAUGUCAAGACCACUAAGAAAUCCAAAGAUGCGACUCCAGAGCGAAAGCCAACCGACAUAGUCAAGCUGCUUAUGGACCCUGGCAUGACAGCUAUAGUAACUAAAUGCUGGCAAAAAAUGAUAGAGACUGGCUGGGAGACCAUGACUCAAGGGGACGGACAGGUACUUUACAAAAUGCCUGGCACAAGUUUCUUUGAUUUUGUCCCGAACGUAAAUCUCUUUGACUCGCUUGAGAAGGCUUGUGAAAGAUUCUUGGGUGACUGGGUAAACAUCACGACUGACGAAAGUGAUCCCGAGCUGACAGAAUCUCUGUGGCUUGUGGCAGUUGUCAAUGGAUGGGAAAGUAUGGAGACGUCAAGCGAAACUUUGUACAAGAAGAUAGACUUGUCAUUUGACCAGUGGGUGCCCAAUGUGACUAUUUUUCGAUCUAAAUUUCAGGCUGUGGCCAACUACCUGAACGAUUGUGGUCUUACAAGCUUCACAGACAACAACACAUUGAAAAAGCAAUUAUCUGAGUCUGACGCUGCUGAGUCGGACGUUGAGAUGGUAGAACCUGAGUUUGAGAAUGAAGAGAAGCUAAUCCAAUCUAUCGAUGAUAGCGAAGAAUAUGCGGAAGAGAACAAAGAUGUAGAAGCAAAUUCUUGUGUGGGAAAAGAUGUCCGUUUUAUGAAUGCGGCAGGUGAAUUGAGCGUGGCGAAGACGAUUACUGAGGCUCCCACGAAGACACUUGAGAAGCAAGCCAAACUGGUGCAAAAUGAGUCAAAACUAAGCAGGCCAAAGCAAGUGAUUCCUCCUUUUAAAAUGGCGUUUGGAAAACUAGAAAGCGAAUUAAAGCGCCGGGGAUGGUACUGGAAGAGCGGUGGUCUGCAGUGGAAUUAUUACCAGCCAUACUGCAAGACAAAGGAUAAUAAAGCCCUUCAGCCCAAUGUUGACUACUUCUGUGGCCGCGAAGAGCUUGAGGAGUAUCUUAAUCGCAGUGGCGAGUAUGAACAUAUUUUUGCAAAAUUGGAGGAAGACCACAUUCGGCAAUUUAUUACUGAUAGUGAAAAUGAAUCUGAUCAAGGUGAUGAUUGCGAUUCAAGCUGUUUGAAUAGUCUGGUUCAAAUGCAGACGAGCACGCCAAUGCCAAUCGUGAAAUCGAAAGUAACGAGAACUUUUUCGAGAGGAUACCCUAAUAGAUCAAAAAAUACAAGUCGUUUUCGACGUGCUCGGUCCAAGUCCUCCGUGCGAGCACCAUGUGGCUUAUCAUCCCAGACCACAUUAUCAGAGGUCAAGUUUGGUGAGAUCUGGCGUAUCCUUUCAGAAGAUGGCUGGCACUAUCGUUAUGGCAUCCUCGAGUGCGACUACUUUAAGCCACACUGCGCUACGAUCAAAGACGGCUCACCAGGAGUUGAUUACUUUCAGACAAAGGACCAACUAAUCGAAUACCUAAAAAGCAGUGGUUUAUGGAAUAAGACGGCUGCACGUGUGCGGGCUGAAGCUGCUAUGGAUACAAGCGAUGGAUCUCUGAGUGAUAGCGAUGCAGAGUCGACGACUUUUACUCGCAAGCGAAAACGCCAUCAGAGCACCCCAGUUUCGCAGCAUGAUGACAAGAAAAAUAAUUUACAUUGUACCCCUAUUGAAAAAGAAAUAGUGACGAAUGAUCUCUGUUGCAAUGGUCAAGACACACAAACUACUUCGCCUGCUUUCAUGGAAGUAAAUGGCAAAGAAAGUAAUGGUAGCGGCCGAAAGCCACUUAGAAACCUUGCGAACAGCUUUACACCUUCACCGAAUACUGAACUAAAGAAGAAAAGUUUUCAGCGAUCCAGCGUCAAUGUUGAUUCAACAGAUAUCGUAAAGGAGGCAACUCAUAUGGAUUUGAUUCGAUGCGCAAUUCAGAAGCUUACAGCAGCAUAUAUUCCGACUAACUUCUGUCACCGUGAAGAAGAGUUUGACGAUAUCCGAAACUUUUUCCGUGAUUGUUUCAGAGGAGAUAAAAAUUCUAGUCUGUAUAUCUCAGGUGCACCGGGAUGCGGCAAGACGGCUCUAUUUAAGGCGACUCAACCAGAAAUUGAAGAAAUUUUUCGGGAAUGCUGCCCUCAGCAAGCUCAGAAACCUGUUCAUUGCCACGUAAACGCCAUGACCCUUGCUGGCUCGUGUGCAUUGUUCUGCAAACUCGCGAAGGAUCUCACAAACGAAUCAUUUUCAAAUGGGAAUGAGGCAUUUGAGGCCAUCGAACGUGCGACAACUCGAGAACUUAAGUCUUCCAAAACAAUGAUUUUGAUCUUAGACGAGAUCGAUAUUCUAUUGAAAAACAACCAAAUCGAGGAUGAUCUGUGUAGGCUUUUUAAGCUUGCCCAUAAAGCUACAAACAGCUUUAUUCUCAUUGGCAUUGCCAACCAGGUGGACUUUACUGAGCGCCAUAUGCCAAUGCUUCAGCAGCAAAUGCCCGACUGCUCACCACGGGUCAUCAUUUUUAAGCCAUAUAACCACCAAACUAUUGAGCAGAUUUUGAUUGAUCGCCUUGGUGGAGAGACGGCGGCAUCUAAACUCGUAAGCCCUCAUGGUAUCACGUUCCUGGCUCGGAAAAUAGCUUCAACAUCGGGCGACAUACGACUAGCAGUGGACACGUGUCGUCGCGUUUUGCAGCACAAGCUGGAUCAGACAGAAAAGGAAAAUGCGGAGAACCCGUUGGAUGAUACUGGAUUGGGACGCCCGCUCCCCUUAACGGAUAUGUUGCGUAUCAUAAAAUACGCUCUGGAGUCAAAGAGUGCGCUUAUUAUUCGCUCGCUGCCGCGUAACUUGCAGAUGAUUUUAUUCGCCGCAACUCGAUUACUGCUCGUAGCGGCUAACCGUGCCACUGAGGAUGAAAGCGAGACGGCGCCACUCUUGUGUGUUGACGAGCUUUACUCAUGCUAUUGUGAGGUGAGCAAGGACGCAGGAGUUUUCAAGCCAUUGUCGAUGCGUGACUUUAGGAAUGCGCUUGACACGCUUGGUGAAGAGGGUCUUAUCGCGGGACCAGAGCUACGAAAACACCUAGUUAAAGUGCUUUGUAGCACAAGCGAGCUACUUCAGAGCUUUCGCAAAGACGCUUUUCUCUCUCGGCUUGUUUAA